AUGGCUCCACCGAAAUCGCGCGCGUCCGACACCGUGGGACGCGAAAGCCUACCGAUGACAAACGCUGCCAUCGACACCGUUGCUCCCUCUACACCAGCACUUCGACCUGCACUGACGCCGCUAGCUGGCACCGCUUGCUACAAGCCUGCGGCCCAGACUGAGCCCCGCGUUGCCUUGUGCCUCGCCACGCUCACUCGCCAUCUUCAACGCGAAGCCGUUACCGAGAUCUUCCUGGUGUCGACGACCAGCGCCAUGUUGGGCAUCGAUAGCAUGGCGGACGACGCUAUAAGCGCAGCAGCUAGCCUACAUCGAGCCUGCACGUUCUGUUGCUUGUCAUGGGCGAAACGUGCCGCAUCUUGCUCUUACCUUGCCUUGCAGCGCCAGCAUUCCCCCCCCCCCCUUGGUGCCGGUGCUGGUGCCCUCGCUUGCCAUCGCCUGAUCUCGUGCGCACGUUGA